UUAAAUGAUUCGCAAUAAGCAUGCAUAGCUGGAAUAGCAACAUUUCAUAAAAAAUUUAAAAAAAAAAAAUCUAUUUUCUCAACAUGUCUGCUGAAGUCUCAGUAAUCUGCUGCUCCAUUGAGACUUUGCUGAAUGCUGCAUAGUACCAUAGUACCACAACACCACAACUUUGGUUUACAACUCCCAUAAACAGCUCGAAGCAUCCAUCAUGGACUAAGGAAAAUUUGGCGAGUAAAGAUGGUUGUGAUUUAAACGAAUACUCAUUAAGUAGGCAACGGGAUAUGGAUUGAUAUAUUUCGAAUGAACCCAAGCAAACCACUUUUGAGACUGCACACCAAUGUUUGAACAAACAUUUUUUGUGAUUGAUCCAUGCUCUUUGUGAACUAAUUCAAUACUCAACUCAAGUGAAUACACACGCACUGUCAGCACAAAAAGCCAAUAUGAAUUCUGUCAUCUCCGCGUUUAAAACUAAGAAGAGUUCCAGCAACAAUGCAGCCGCCAAUGACAAAUCACUUGCCAGCGGCGGCACCUCGAACACAGCCAAUGCCAGCUCGAAGAAGAAGGCCGUCAUCAAUGCACAAGACAAUGGUUAUCAGUACCUGCGACACAUACGCGAAAUCGAAACGGCGACGAAGAUGCUUUCGCCGGUGGUAGUAGUCGACGACUUCCGAUCACCGCCUUGUGUCGAUGUAGUCGACCACGCGCCCGCAACAGUACGUCUAGCCACGGCCUUGGAAACGACGGCGACGCUACCUGCCGACUAUAAUAUGAAUGGUGCCAAGUGUGCGACGAUGAAUGGGGGUGGUGGUGGCGCUGAUAAUGGCAUUGCAAAUGCAACAACCAUCGCCACAGUGUCCAAUGUUGAGAAUGGCAAUUGCAAUGAGGCGCUCGACGGCAGCAAAACGACGUUAGCAAAUGGACUAGCGAGUCCACCGUCCCCUAGCAGUCCGGUGCAGCAGCUACUCGACGCAGAUGAUGAUGAAUCAGAGCAUUCGGCGGCGGCAUGCACGAGCAGUUCCAGUGAGCAUAGCAAUAGCACAGUUGUGCAUAGUCCCACAGGUGUACGUGCGACGACGGGGACAGUAGAGGCCACAAUGUGUGGCACAACGACAAUGUCUUCAACCGUCGCACCCCCACCCGUACCAGCACAACCCAGUCCAGCCAAAAGUCUGCACAGUAAUUCCUCAACAUCAUCAUCAUCCUCCAGCACUUCUGCCACUACAUCAGCACCUUCAUCGAUUGCCAUCUGCAAUUCGGGUCCAAGCUCGUGCAGUUCGACCACCAGCUGUGACGUGACUACGCUAGCCAACUGUUCACCACACAAUUCCACGUUGACAUUGUCGUCUACAGGCAGUGGCGUCAGCGUCAAUUCGACACCAUCUUCACCCACAGAUAUGGUCAGCUGCAAUGCUGCAGAUGCGGAUUACGUGCCUGCUUUUCUCAAGUCUGCGCCCGUCACGUUGCCCAUCAUUAUGCCGAACGGCAACAGCAGCUUGGCAUCGAUGCCACCACAUUAUCAAGCUUAUGGCAUGAAUGGUGGCAUGUGCGCUGGUAGUACGCCUGUGAACUCGGCGUCGACUACACCGAAGCAUAUACGUUACCCCAAGCCACGUUUGAGUUUGAGCCGCUUCAUCAAUCACUCGAUGCCAUCGGUGCAUGGACGACCGAAUUUGAGUGUGGCGUGCGGCGCAGGGGCGGGUGUGGGAUCUGGCGAAGCGGCGGGGACAAAUCCGCCUAAGCGCAUUUCAACGCAUCAGCGGAAUUUAAGUUUGGAUUUUAGGUCAAUGGGCAUUUUAUUGCCACCCGUUUCGCAAGUGACCAACACACGUAUCAACUUAACACAGCAUCAUCGCAAUCGUAGUCUGGAUAGCGCUCUGCAGCGCAUACCGGAGGUUGAAGUCUCCUCACCCAAUUCGGAGAGUGAGAACACAUUUUGCACACCAUCCAUUCUGGGCACGACUAUGUGCUCGAAAAUCGUCACGACUGCAGCCAAUGUAACAGCCGCCCUAACGACAACAACAACACCGGCUUUGACGUCAUCAUUAACACCUUCACCACCGCCACCACCCCCAUCCUCUUUAUUGACGGCCACCGCAGCUAGACUAUCAACCAUAACAGGUGGUUUAAUGGACUCAUCGCCGGCUGCCCCAAUUGCAGCUAUGACCACAGAGCCCACAGCAAGCAACAGCAACAAUAACAUUAACAUUGGCAACAUUAGCAACGUCAGCAGUAGCAGUAGUACAUGUGCUGGCGUGAGUGGUGAUGUUGGCGGUUCCAAUGUGAUUGCUAUUUUGUCUACAGUUGAGUCCUGCCCAACACUACGUGUGCGUCCUAAAUCGAGUGAGACAUCGUCGUCAUCAUCAUCUUCUACACGUUGUGGUGGAGUGCCGCUUGCAGGUGCGGCAACUAGCAACAUCAACAACAACCUCGCGAGUAGCAAUAAUAGCAACGGCAGCAGUAGUAGUAAGAAACGCGAGGAUCUCACCAGUCUCGGUUCCGAUGAUUCAGGCAUAAUUUGCGGUUCAGACUCGGAUCAAAUCUCCCUCAACCGCAUACGUCACUCACACGAAUCGUUGGACUCGGGUGAAAUGGAUGCAGAGGAAGAAUGCAUUGAUAUGCUCGAAACAACAUCAAUGGAUGAGGAGUAUGGCAUGCUACAAUCGGACUUAAUAUUCUAUCAAUCCGCUGAAACAGACUGUCGCACACUACGUCCAUCACGCAAACAAAAACAAAUGCAACAACAGCAUAACCGCAUCAAACAGGCGCCGUGCACAAUUUCCGAUGCAGAAAUUAUGGGUAUCGAUGGAGGAGAUGGCAGUGAUGAGGAUAUCGAUGCAGCGGCCGCAGCACAGCUGUCUGAACGUAUGCGGUAUCGCGAAUUAAAUAUGUCGCAAGCGGCGUUAAAUAUGGAACGUUCAAGUAGUGGUACACCUACGGCUCUAGAUGCCGAUUUGGAUACACCCACGGCGGAUACGGUGGAUUCGGCAACUCCAACAGCGACACAACCGAACACACCAUCAACUCCAAUGGCAACUACAGCGGUGGUGAUGACACCACAACCGACACAGACGGGCAAGGUACAAAAGAAUUCGGAGGCGGGUAGUGCUAAUGAAACCACAAAGAAUGAUGUGCUUUUUAAGAGCUUCUUUGGCGCCACUAAGAAUAUCUUUCGCACCGCGCAAAGUAUCAUUGAGAAUCACGAGAAAAGAAAUGCAGCAAAGAAUAAGAAUGAUGAUAAUGCUGGCAAUACUGGUGGCGGUAGUUCCGUAACAGACCAAGUGAAAUCGCCUACAGAUAUUUCCAAGAAGAAGGAGUUUUUCAGUCUAAUCACGUCAAAUUCGAGUAAAAAGGCUGCUGCUGCUGCUGCAGCUGCUGCCGCAGCCGCUGCCUCAGCACAACAAUCUGCUUCCAAUACACCAGCGGCUACACCUUCGGCCGAUUUGACGCCAGUUGAGCCGAAAUUUCCAACUUUUGCGUCAUCAUCCGCAGAGGUUGUCGAGAAGAAGGCCAGCGCAAGCACGGAUGUCGUGGAGAAAACUUUAAAUCUUCCUCUACCCGGUCUCGGCGCUUCCUCCUCGUCUACUUCGAUAGCAAAAUCUUCUUCCAUCUCUUCGUUGAAUAAACUAAAAGUGCCAGGUGUGGUGAAAUGCUUCAUCAAGGAGCGUCCGGCCAACAACGAUACUUUGCAAAAGACUGAAAAAGGUCCCAGUGGACUGCUGAGAUUUUUCGAAUCUCCCGUCUUCAAUAUACACUUUGCUAUUCACUAUCUGUUCUAUUCGAAAGAACCAGGUGUGCUUAGCUUUAUCGGCAAUAAGAUUUUCAGCUUCGCCGAUCAAGAAGUGGACCUCUAUAUACCGCAACUUAUUGUUAUGUACAUUCAAAUGGAUGAAUUGGCGGAAGUGCUCGACCCGUAUUUGACUAUUCGCUGUCGCAAGUCUGUAGACUUUUCAUUGAAAUGCCUUUGGUUACUCGAGGCCUAUAAUUAUCAAUUCGAUUCGUUAGGCAACGGAUCUCGCAAAUCACAACUGGCGCUCAUGAAAGAAAUCUUCUCAAAAAAGGAACGCAAAAUAUUGAGUAAAUCCGACGGUAAAGAUAAGCCUCCUGCUGUGGGCGGAGCUGUAGCCGCUGUUUCACCGCUAACUAAAAAGACCCAUCAUCGCUCACAAUCGGACGCCACGCUUUUGUUGAACGAUUCGCGCCGCCAUUCCUCAUCACUCGCAUUAAGCAUAUCAAAUCGUCACUACCAACAACCGCCAUACACAACGCAAACAUUACCAUUGAUGCCACCCAAAUUGUGUUUGGGCGAUCUGACCUCUGGACGGGCAUUCGAUAACGGCUGCACUUGCUUCGAGAGCGUACGCGGUCAGGUCAAUGGUUUGCUCGGCCAGAAAACCGUUUGCUCCUGCAAUGCACCCAAAACCGCGCCCGAGAAGGAGUUCAUGAAGGCGCUCAUAAAUGUUGGCAAAAAUAUCACAUCGCUGCCGUCCAAGGCGGAGAAAACUUCAGCGCUACGCAUGUUCUUGAACCUGAUCAAUAAGAAUCUGCCGGCUCGCGUCUGGUUGCCGGUAUAUUCGGACAUUCCACACCAUGUGGUGCGCAUAACAGAGGAAAAGACUGCGGUGCUCAACUCAAAGGACAAGACACCGUACAUCAUUUACGUCGAAGUGGUUGAGGUGCCCGAUAUUUACUCAUCGCCGCUUAUACCGAAAAUGAUGCCAUCAUUGCGACACACCAAGAGUGAAGAACACUUAGAGGGUGCUUGCAGCCAUUCCCACCAAUUGCAACAGCACAAUCACAACCAUGUGAGUUGUAGUCGCACGUCCAGCUGUAGCUCGCAUGGUGGCGCUGCCAUUGGCGGUGGUUCGAAUGCGAGUUCAAGUUGCCGUCAUAAAAAGGAGAAGCUUCUAUCUGAAUCCUCGUCUGUGGCGUCUGAUGCCCAAACGUCGACUGUUGCUGGCGGCGAUGGUGGACAUAUGUGUAGCACGCAGACCGUGGGUCUCUCACUUGGUGGUCUUCACUUGACCGAGGAUGAUGUCUGGUCGCAGGAAGAUGAUGAGAUCACAGCACAAUACAUGCAUUUGCGGAAACUGAGUGAACGAGAUGCCAUAUCGCAAAUGUCGCUAGACUCGUGCGAUUCGAGGGACCAAGGCUUACCGGUACUAUUCAAUAUUGGCGAUGUGCGCACAAGACAUUGUAAUAACUUAACCUGCGAAAACACAAAGUCAUUCAAUAAUGAUCCCGAAGAUCCAUCGGCAGCAGCUUUGAAGGAACCCUGGCAUGAAAAGGAGAAACAGAUACGCGAAUCAUCUCCCUAUGGCCAUCUUUCAAACUGGCGUCUACUUUCGGUUAUUGUAAAAUGCGGCGAUGAUUUGCGUCAAGAACUUAUGGCUACGCAGCUAUUGCAGAUGUUCAAAAUCAUUUGGCAAGAAGAGCAUGUCGAUCUCUGGGUGCGACCAUACAAAAUUGUCUGCUUAUCGAAUGACAGUGGUCUAAUCGAGCCCAUCCUUAAUACGGUAUCGCUACAUCAAAUCAAAAAGAAUUCUAAUAAAUCAUUACGCGAUUACUUUAUCGAUGAGUAUGGCUCACCAGAUGAUGAACGAUUCUGUGCGGCGCAAAAGAAUUUCGUACAAAGUUGUGCAGCUUACUGUCUGAUUUCGUAUUUAUUGCAAGUAAAAGAUCGGCAUAAUGGCAAUAUUUUGCUGCAUUCAGAUGGUCAUAUAAUACAUAUAGACUUUGGUUUUAUACUCAGCAUAUCGCCGAAAAAUUUAGGUUUCGAGCAAUCACCCUUUAAGCUAACACCUGAAUUCGUUGAUGUAAUGGGCGGCACCAAUUCUGAACUUUGGAAAGAAUUCAAUCACCUCUUGCUUGUUGGUAUGAUGUCAGCGCGCAAGCAUAUGGAUCGUAUCAUAAAUUUUGUGGAAAUAAUGCGUAGCAAUGCGCAAUUACCUUGCUUCAAAAAUGGUUGCUCUGGCACCGUACAGAAUCUCCGAAAACGAUUCCAUAUGAAUUUAACCGAACAGGAAAUGGAACGCAAAGUGGAACAACUCGUGCAGGAUUCGUUAAAGAGUCUCUCAACAAAAUUAUACGACGGCUAUCAAUACUAUACGAAUGGCAUAUUGUGAGAAAGGUUUUUCAUGAAAAUCUAAAGUAAAAGAGAAGACGCAAAACAAAAAUAAAUGCUACUACACAACACCAGCGUCUGCAGUUAGAGCAAGUUAAAAUGAUAUUUAUAUGCACACAUACAUACAUAUAUACAUAUGUGCUUACCAAGUACCAAGUAAGCUAAUUGGGUGCAAGGAGGUCAACGACUAUCGCGACAGCGACAACCGUUGCAGUUGUGUUUGAAAUGCUUGCGCCGGUGCACUUUAUGUUGAGAGUGUUGUUGUUUUUUUGUUUAGAUUUAGACAAAAUAUGUGAAUAUGUAUGUCCUUAUGACUGACAAAUUAACUGACUGAUUGACUGACUGUAGUUUUGUUAGAUAGUACGAGUGAUUAAUCAGAAACCAGAAUUCGUGCUAUUGCAUACGCCCAACAAAAAAAUAAAAAUAAGAAAUCUGAUGCUGUUGUGCAAAUUUCCAGCACUAGCAGAUAGUUUUUUUUUUAAGGUCGAUGUUAUGCAGACGAAGUUUUGUUUGACAAACAAGAUGGCUGCGCCUUAGUUUGCUCUGAGGUAGUUAGACCGAUUUUGGCACGGGGUUGCAUACUGGUGGUGUUUUUUUUUUGCUUUUUGCGAAUACGAAAUAAAAAUUGCAGAUGUAUGUAACUACACAUCGAGCACAAAUUAAUAAAUUGCAAUCAACUGUACCCUAUUCUUUAAACUUUAAAGUUUAAAGCUGGCUCCCAUAGCAUAAAUGCAGUUCUCUGUAUUUUGAUGUAUCUGAAAUUUUUUUAUUAACAAAUUUAGUUUGCUGGUGGUAGAGUCCAAAUUUUCACCGAUUUUGCAUGCAGUUUGCCAAACACAUUUUCUGUGUAACAUCGCCCUAAUACGUACUAGAAAUUAAACUGUUUCCUUUUUUGUAAAUACUGCAUACAUACAUAUACAUAUAUACAUAGGAUAUAUUUAAAACUGUAUAAUAUACAUAUAACUACAUUCAUAAAUAUAAAAAGAAUAUAAUUAGUUUUUAAUCCAAUAUGGUUAUAUUGAAUGUAAUGUUGUGUAUUACCUAAAUAGGAGUGAGUCUUAUGUGUAAAUAAAUUUAAAUAAUUUUAUCGCACAUAAAUACAUAUUUAGUUGGAUAUUUGAAAAUGAAAAAAAUAUACAUGUACCGUUAAGUUGACUAAAAAAAUAAUAAUCAACAGCGCAUAGUAAGAGAUGAAUUGGUCAUUUUAUUCAAGCUAGCCUUGUUUUCUGAAAAGUAAAUGCAUGUAAUGACUAAAAUCGCUGCUUUAUUUUUUUUUUUUUUAUAAAAUAAAGCAUUUAAUUUAUUUAAAUUUUCUGUAAAAGCGCUGUAAUGAAAAUUGCAAGAGAAGGGAAUGUUGAAUUAAAAAAAAAAAAUCUUUGAUUGAUGUACAAAAAAAGUAUAGAUUUUUUAAUGCAAACAUUCAAAAUGUACUGAAAUAUUUUUUUUUCUCUUUUACAACUAUUUAAUAAUUUCGUACGUAUUAAAAAAAGCGGUUCAAAGAAUGUAAGGUUAUAUUUCGCUGUUCAAAAAUAAUCUGAAAUUUUUUAAGAUUUUUCGACACUACGCCUACUGUUGUCUAAACAUAGCAAUAGACCAGACUGUUCGACUUGGACUACAACGAAGCAGUUCUUACCGUUACACAAUGGAUGGACGACAACAAUUAAUGGCCUCAAUGAUCUCGGUAAAAGGCUGGUGGGCUUGGCAAACUUAGCACAAUCGCGGUUCAUUUCAUUUGUGCGCCAACUUAGACUGACAUUUUAAUAUUUUUUACAGAGUUUAACAUUGUGGCAUGUUGCGCAGACGAAAUGACUGUGCAGCAAAAUUUGUAAACGAAUCGCAGAUAUUUGGUACGUUCGAUCUUAUCUUCAACUUGACUGCAUACCCAAAGAAACACCUGGAUGAGCAACAACACUUCUCAAUUCUCUUCAUACAUACCCAAAGAAACACCUGGAUGAGCAACAACACUUCUCAAUUCUCUUCAUACAUACCCUUCAAGUAGCGGUGGCCGAUAUAAAGGAGGCAGUCGAUGGGCUACGCACUGGUAUAAUAACGAUUGGAAGGGAAAAUAUCUACGCCGACACCUAAGCGGCAUUCAGAGGCCUCGAAACAAAACUACUGAGUGUCAAUUUCCGUUCUGCGUUAUGGCGAAGUGAAGUGAAAAGUAUAAAAUUAACACCGAAAUAAAUGCGGUGUAAAAGUGUUUUUGGCUAGUUAUGCCACCGUUGAGGUCAUCUCUCCAGGCAGCGAGGAUGUAGGAGUUCGCUUACAAGACUAAGGUUCAAACACGUGUGCUCGUCUUUCACCGACACCGCCGGAGCCACACUCCUUAGGGUGGACAAUUAUCACUUUUCUUGAAAAAAUUUUACGAUUUACCUGCAGUUAGAUCUUUUAAGUGGCAACAUGAAAACAAUACAAGAAAUGUAUUAAGUCAGACCCCCGCGAGGCCGAAGUAACCUACAAGUAUCAUAAACUUGACAAUCUGAAAGAAAUUAAAUAUUGCUUAAUUAUUAAACUGAUAACAUUAAAAGUGGUAGCCUCAGGCGGCUUGUUGUUGUAAACAGCAUUUUGGAUUUUUUUUUUGUUCAUUCAUGACGCUUCGUUAGCAUAGAAACAUGUGUUGUUCGAAUGUCGGACUCGCAAUGUGCUAUAUAACUUUAUUAUUAAAAAUUCGUUCAAAAAAAAUCACCAUACCACCCAGUUGGCAAAAAUUUACCAGCAUCAACAUAUAACUUUAUAUUCUAUGGACAGCACUUAUGUAAGUGCAGCAAAUAAUAACCAAAAUAAUUUAACUGAUAAAAGCAAAGAAAAAUUCUAAUGCAGCUCUUCUAAGCGUGCGAGUUUUGACAGCAAAAAAAAUAGCCUGAUAAGGUCGUAAGCUUAUACUUAAAAAAAAAAAGAAAAAAAAAAACGCUAAUAUCUCGUGCAUGUAUGCAGUGUUAAGUUUUAUGACGAAAUGAGAAUAAAUGAUUACAAAACUCUUUAUACGUGUCGAAGAAAGUAAAAGUUAAAAAUUAAUGCGAUCAUAAGGUGGUCAAACAAAUUUAACGCACCGUUAAAUAUAAAUAAAUUUACCAUCGUAUACUAGGUUUCUACACUUAUGUACAUACAUACAUAUAUUCCAAAAACAAAAGGUUAAUCUCUUGUCCACUUAUUGUUCCAAUGGCUACUUUUUUACAAGCAUA